AUGGCAUUUUGCCGAUGGAACUCAAGAGGACUCCAAUCCGUCAAAACUUUUGCUUCAUCAUCCGUUAUAUGCCAAAACACAGCCGAUCUUUGUGACUUUAGAAGAAAAUUAGGUGUGAAGAACGGUUUGCGAGACGAUGACGACGAUUCGCUGGUGAUUGACUGGUUUAGCUGUGGAUUCGUGGAAAAUGAAUGGUCUGGUUCACUGACAGAAGCUUCAGGAGAAACAUCCUUAGGACCGGCUUCUUCGUACGAUAAUCUGAACAGUGACCGUUUCGGGCUGGGAGAUUUGCGUGCCAGCGACGGGAUGGGUGGCAGAGAAGAGGUGGAUUUGUUAAACACGUCCGCAGGGUUCAUUCGCGUAUCUGGAGACCCGGACCGACUUUUCGUCGGCGAACCAGUCGGCGUCCCAGAUACAGACAUCUGA